AUGGCUGUCCUAAACCAACUCAUCGGCGAGGCCUUCCAAGUCGUGGGAAGAGAACUUGUUGAUCGAAACCUGAACUCUGGCCAGACAUCGACAGUUGCUUCUCCCACGCCUCUGUCACAAGCAACGACCGUAGCUCCAACUCCGACCAUGACCCAGACGAACAACAACCCAGGUGGCCCUACCAGCUCUCCGCUGCUGUUCUUCGUUGCGCUUGGUUUUGGUGUUGUCUUCACGAAUUUAUGGAUCAUCGUAGGUGUCAAGUACUGCUUCAGGUACAAUGCUCGCAACCGUGCCAUUCGAAAUGGCGAAGAUCCGGAUCCGAUCAAUCUGGAGAAUAUGCCUGCGAGACCACAUCGCAGGAGGAGAGAGAAGAAGCUCAUGACGAUGGAGGAAGUGAACGAACGAUUCCCCUUGACAAAGUACAAGACUUGGGUGGCAUCGAGGGCAAGGGAAGGGCUCCCAACAAAUGGUGGCGUUACAGCACCUUCGAGUCGUCCUGGAAGCGUGAGGGAAGUGGAUGGGGUCAUGCCAUCAUCGCCGACUGAAACGAAGCACUCCGUCAAUACCAGGCCCGAGACCGCGGGAUCUGACCGAGGAGUUACGAUUUCACCUGCAACAAACAAUCUUGGGGGCCAAUUUGGGGCGGAGCGGAAAAGUAUGGAUGCUGCAGUCGUUGAGAAGGGCAUUACAUCGCCAACCGUUGAAGAACAGAAUAGACUGGAACAGGUGAAAACUACGACCGAGACGAUCAACAAACACCCAACAACUACCAGCGAGGAAGAUGAAGAUGAGGAUGAUCAUAUCCAUACAGCUGUACCGCCUGAACUUCUUACAAACCCUGGAGACUCUUGCGCCAUCUGCAUCGAUACCUUGGAGGACGAUGAUGAUAUCAGAGGACUAACCUGUGGUCAUGCUUUCCAUGCCGGAUGCUUAGAUCCAUGGCUAACAAGCCGUCGUGCAUGCUGUCCACUUUGUAAAGCCGACUACUACAUCCCCAAGCCUCGCCCUGAAGGAGAGACUGUAGAGCCAGAUAGGACCGGGCGCCGAAGAAACGCCAACCUGCAACAACCUCCAGUUGCUUGGCUUGCUGUUCGAGGCAACAGGUUCAUGAUCCCAGCACGCUUCGGUAUGGGUGCAGGCAAUGCAGCACCAGCAUCUGGAGCAGAUGGCGCUGCAAAUAGCCAUCCUGGCCGAGUUGGACGUCGUACUCGUCAGGCCGCCGCUGAGCAAGGAAGCAAUAACACUGCUCCACCAGCGGAAGCUGCAGGUGCUGACCAGAAUGCUCAAGCCGCUGCACCAAGACGAUGGAAUCCUUUCAGCAACGUGAGCAUGCCCGCAAUUCGCCUGCCUAGACGAAAUCAGCCGGCGGCUGCUGAAGCUUCGCCUUCUCAGCUGGAGGCGGGCACUGUAAGAUGA